AGAGCCAUCUAAACAGCAAAAUAAGCCUUUGUUAACUUGGCUUUGUGAUCGCUGUCUACAUUUAUUUAAUUCACAUUUUUGUGGAAGUUUGAUGAGACUCUCAUAUUUACUCUUUUACAGCAAAAGUUUAGAGGCCCUGAAUCACUCAACCAAAGCAGUUGUAGGAAAAGACAGAGUAAGGAAGAAACAGGAGAAGAACGUUGGAGGCGGAGGAGGAUGGGUUGGAGGUUUUAACUAAGAGACCGAUGAGAAGAUAAUUAACUGACUGAAAAAAAGCUGCAAACCUCCUCAACUCCCACCAUGUCAUCUUGCAAGUCUGAGGAGCAGUUAGUCUACGAGCUGAGCUGUCCAAUCUGCCUCCAGCUCUUCUCUGACCCGGUGGUUCUCCCCUGUGGCCACAACUACUGUCAAGCCUGUAUCCUCAAAAGCGCAAACACUGCUGGCAAGAAUGACAACAUUCUUCGUUGUCCAGAAUGUCGUGAGGAAUUUCAGAGUGUGGAUACCCUGCAGAGGAACUUUAAACUCUGCAGCAUCAUCGAGGGAUACAUAGCUACAGCUCCACUCCUGGACAGACAGCCUGAGACUGAGCAUGAGAGGAUUGAGGUUUUAUGUGACCACUGCAUCGAUGAGCAGUCCCCAGCUGUGAAGACCUGCCUGAAGUGUGAGGUGUCGCUGUGCUCCAGACACUUCCAGAGACACCAGGAGAAGGAGUCGUUCAGGGGUCACACUGUGGUGGGGCCCAUGGAUGCGGAGGGGAUGAGGGGCUGUGCGGUCCACCGGCGUCCCUUUGAGUACUUUUGUUCCAGCGACAUGGCCUUGCUGUGUGCCACAUGCUUUAAAGAGGGCUUUCACCAGAAACAUGAUGUUCUCACCUUCAGUGUGGCUGAGGAAGAGAUGAGACGAGCGCUGGAGAGCCGCACCAAGGUGAUUUCCAGCCGCCUGCAGGUGAUGGAGAGUCUCCUACAGAAGACAGCAGAGGAGGUGGGAGCCUCUGAAGCUGUGGGAGUCAAACUGGUCAACAGUGCCGUUAGUGUGAUGGACAAUAUUGCUGCACUGGUGGACAGGUACAGGGCGCGUCUGCAUGUUCUGUUGGAGGAGGAGAGAGGCCAGCGCAGAAACAGCUGGCAGCAAGGACUGGGUGCUCUUGAGAUUCAGAAGCAGCAGCUACUGGAGGCCCAGCAGAGUGUCAUGGAGCUCCUCAAUGAGUCUGACACCUGCGCAUUCAUACACAGGUUCAUGCUGAAUGAUCAUAAGCUGAGAGAAGUUGUUGCAGGUGCCAUUCCUGCAAAGAUCCCUUCAAAGGCUCCACUCAACACAAAGCGUCUCCAGGCGGGCCUUAAAACCCAAGACUUCAGCACAGAAAUGACCUGCCUCUUGGAAUCCCUCCAUAUGCUCCUGAACCCCCUAGAGCUCACCUUUAACAUCUUCACUUCCCACCCAAGCCUGAUAUUAUCAAAUGAUCUGCGCACCCUCAAGUACAGCUCCACCAAGCAGUCGUAUGUGGAGCACCCAGAGCGUUUUACAAGUGCACCUCAGGUCCUGUGCUGCCAGGGGUUCUCAUGCGGCGAGCAUGUGUGGGUGGUGGAAGUGGGCCCCAACACCCAGUGGUCCCUGGGUGUAUGCUACAAGAGCAUCCCUCGACGUGGUGACCACAGUCGCCUCGGGCACAACUCCGUGUCUUGGCGGCUGCAGUGGAAAAACAGAAAGCUGACAGUGUGCCAGUCCUCCUCUAAUGUGGCUCUGGGAGAAGUGACCAAUCAUCCACUGAGGAUAGAGGUAGCACUGGACUAUGAGGGAGGGACAUUAAUAUUUCACAGCACGAAAGGGCGGAGGGAGCACCUCCAUACCUUCAGGGCUGUGUUCAGGGAGCCGGUUUUCCCAGCAUUUAGUAUUCAUUCCAGCACACCAGAGUCCUGGAUCACACUGCAGAGUGGGAUGUAAACUAACUUUAGCUUCUUUGUACGUCAUGCAAAAAAAUGUAUCGUGCUUUUCAUGCAAUGAAAGUGAUCUAACAGAUUUUCUGUGUUUAAUGUUUUACUGCUUUCCUUAAAAAGAAGAAUUCAGUAAAAAAGUGAAGAUUUAUUCAAAUCCAGCCAAAACAAUGAAAUCAGAUGUAUUCAUAGUGGAGGGAUGACUUUCCUUUUCUUGGUCACAUACUUUAAAUCCCAAAUGAAGACCAUUGAUUCAUAUAAUAAAUUCUUAACUAUUUGGACUCAAUGAGUUAUAAUUUAUGCUAUCAUCUGAAAGUGUAUUUUCUAUUUGGUAUGGCUUCAUUAUGUAA